AUGCUUGCGAACAACUUUCAGAGAUCCGUGGAUUCAGCCACUAAGUCUGGAGAUAAACGCCAGCCCUCGAUUUUGUCGAGUUACAUGAGCCAACAAGAGCUACAUACUGGGGAUAACGCACAGCGGUCUCAUAAUGGGCUUUUCCACUGCCUUGUGCUUGCCGGCGAAAAUAGAUUGCGAUGCGAUACAGCCUUAAAAUUGUCAAGGGCCCGAGAAGAUAAUCCAACCUUUUUGGUAGACUCUUUAGGUUUUGUAGGCAUCGAAAGUGCUCCCGUCAUUGGCCGAUGUGGGGUUUUGCCUAGUGUACCCCCAAAUGCGACACCCCUUUUUUAUGAUCUGGCCGGAGAUGGUUCGUAUCUGUCGGAUCCGACAGAUAAGUCACCUCGUGGUAGUCGUGGCCCCGAUGGGCACGCAGAAGAAAAGAGAAGAAAAGAAACGGUGGGGGCUUUCGAAGAUACAAAAGAACGUUUGAUUUGUCCUUGCUACCAUUAG